AUGGCUUACGACCGUCCGGAAAUGCCGCUACCAGGCGCUAAAAAACACCACCACUUGUUUGGGAACUUGGUGUCAAAAUUCGAACAAUUGAAAGUGGACCAUCUCCAGCCAACUUACGAUCAAAACAACAACAACAACAACAACAACAACAACAACAGCGACUACGAUGAUUCGAUCUUCCUGACUCCUGUAGCCACAGAUAAUCCAAUUGACUAUUUUGGUUCAACAUCUCAUCCAUUACCAAUUGACCAUGUAGUUAGCCAAGCGGCGCAAUCCAAACCGAUUGAAACCAACAAAUUCUACGGCAAUUUGAUGUUGGAAGACCAAACAUGCACCAUUUGGACCAAUCCUUAUUCCCUUUCUUAUUCUAGAAAUGAUCAGUUUGGGUUAGCAGUGUACCAUACCACCGAUGCCCAAAAAGUUUAUGGGCCAGGUGAUCCGGUCGAAUAUUACUUGAACCCCAUUGGCAUCAAAUCAAUUGUGUUAUCGGCAAAAGAAUUCGAAUCGAAGGAUGAUGUCAAAUUAACCAUGGAUAAUUUGCAACAAUUCAGUGCUGAUUUAAAUUUCUCGUACCGUGGUAAUCCAAAUGAAUCGUUCACCAGCCCCGUGGUGCAAGGUAUGGGGUUCAUCACCGCAAUUUAUGAGAAUUUGACGUUAGAUUUGAAUUCUGUAGUGGGAUUCAAAGAAUUUGAACGGGUUGGUCUACUGAAUGAAUUUAAUAGUCUUACAAAAUACAGGAUCACCCUUUUCAAUGAUGUGGUUUGGUCAUUGUACUUGAGUGGUGCCGAGGCAAAUAAUAACCCAAUUCAAAAAAUUGAUAAUAAUCACAUCACUUCAGCUGACAAAUUCUCUAAAGUUACCGUUCAGAUUUGUUGUGGUUUCAGUGAUUAUUAUGACAAGGUUGCUGGGACGUAUGUCACUUCAAUUGAUUUAAGGGCAAAACAGAACUCUGCUACCAGUGCCAACUACUGCUUCCAGUUCAAUUCUACCGGGUCAUCUUUGGUUAACCAACCAAUAAUGUGGGCAUUUCCUCACCAUAUUGAUUCAUUUGCCACGACAAUGGAAAACUGUUCGACGGAUUUAAUAUUGGAUUCUACAAUUUGCGGGAAAAUGAAGGCGUACAUCAACGAUAAAUUCGAAUUCGUCGAAAAUGACUUGCCAUCGUAUAUUAAUUUUGAGGCCUGGUCGUCGUUGCCUACUUUCAACGCCGCUGAUGUCAGUAAUGGUCAGUACUAUAACUCCAAUGCUUUGAAUAAAAUCGCUGCCGCAUUAGAAGUUGAAGUCAAUGAUGACGUUGAAGGCUUUUCUAAUUUAGAUUCGAUGUAUUUUAGUGGGAAACAGCUUGAUAAGUAUGCGUACAUUCUUUAUGUCAGCCAUUAUAUUUUAAAAGACGCCAAUAAGACCCAAAUAAUCAUGACAAAAUUGCAAAAGGCAUUUGAUAGGUUCAUUCAAAACCGCCAAAUUCUGCCGUUGGUCUACGACACAAAAUUCAAAACUUUGAUCUCCCAAGCUGGGCUUCACGGAGACCCGAACUUGGAUUUCGGGAACUCUUAUUGUAAUGAUCAUCAUUUCCAUUAUGGGUACCAUGUCCAUGCCGCAGCAAUCCUUGGACAAAUCGAUCGAGAAUUAGGCGGGAACUGGCUUGUCAAUAAUGAGAAAUACAUCAAUUUCCUUAUUCGUGAUUUCGCCAAUCCUACCGACACUGACGAAUUCUUCGCGGUGAAUCGAUCAUUCGAUUGGUUUGCCGGUCAUUCUUGGGCCAAAGGGCUCUUUGCGUCUGCUGAUGGGAAAGACCAAGAAAGUAGCAGUGAAGAUUAUAAUGCUUAUUAUGGUCUCAAACUUUGGGGCCAAGUGGCCAAUAAUCCAACGCUUACGUUCCGGUCGACUUUACAACUAGCGAUCCUUAAACGGGUCUGUGACAAUUACAUUUUGAUGAAGGAUUCCAACCGCAACCAACCGCGUAAUUUCAUUGGUAAUAAAGUCCCGGGAAUCUUAUUUGAAAACAAAUGUCACCACGCGACGUAUUUUGGCGCCAAUUUGGAAUAUAUCCAAGGGAUCCAUAUGAUCCCCUUGACCGCGGCGUCAUCGUAUUUUAGAAGCCAGGAGUUUGUCAGACAAGAAUGGGACCAGUUGUUGGCAAACCAUGUUGAGAAAGUGAAUGAUGGAUGGAAAGGGAUUUUGAUGUUGAACACGGUGUUGAUGGAUCCGAAAAUGGCGUGGAGUUUCUUUUCCCAGCAGAAUUUCAACCGAGGAUGGUUAGACGGUGGGAUGAGUUUGACUUAUUCAUUGGCAUUAAUUGCAGGAAUGGGUGGAGCGGUUUGA